GAGAAGACCCACCCGCUAAACUUUACCCCUUUAAGAGACUCCGUGCUCCUCAGCUUUCCUCUCUCGCCAAGGUAGGAGCAGGCGAGGCCGCCCGGCGGAGCUCACUCCUGAUUGGUGGAGACGGGGCUAGGUCUGAAGGGGGAGGUCACGUGGUGCGCCAUAGCCAGCUCCGGGGCGCCAUUUUGGAGUAAACUUUGGGUUUCGGAACGGUGGGAGAGCGAGAGGAGGAGGUGGUGGGGGCGGGGGAGCUGACAGAGAGAAAGACGAGAAGAAGAAGUGGAGGGAAAGGAAAUUCCCAAGAAGAGAAGAGGCGUCUGUGAAGAAUAACUUUUUGGUUUUGUCCCUCGCCCGCAGCGCACAUUUCUCAGCACCGGCGGGGCAGACGGCAACUUGUUUUCGCCACCCCUCCACCAACAACUUUAUGUCCCAUUUCAGAUUUCUCCACCCCCACUGGAGUGAGAGGCACUGAGCACGGCCGGGGCUCUCCUCACAUUACUUGUGCUGGAAAUACUUGGGAACCUCCCUGCUAGAGUGCUUGGAACAGUCUCUGGAGAGGCAUCCCGCAUAGCACAGGACUUUUCCACUGCUUCCCCGUGGGGGGUUAAAGAACGCUGUCGGUGUCCCGGGAGGAGGGGCAUUGUUUCGUGGAGUCUCCAGCUGAGGGGUACAGGGGUUGGCGAGGUCAUCCUCCUGGCAGCCUGUUGUGUGUGUGUGUGUGUCAGGGGGUGGCACCAUGCCUGUCAGGAAGCAAGAUACGCAGCGUGCACUGGACCUCUUGGAGGAAUAUCGCACCAAGCUGAAUCAGACGGAGGAUAAACAACUCAGAAAGUCCAUUGAGAGGGUCAUCAACAUCUUUCAGAGCAACCUUUUUCAAGCUUUAAUAGAUAUUCAAGAAUUUUAUGAAGUGACCUUACUGGACAAUCCAAAAUGUACGGACAACUACAAGGCACCCGAACCUGUUUUGCAUGUGAAUGCAUGGGAGCUUUCUAGUCUUCCCAGCUCAACUGUCACAUCAGAAACCUUGCCAAGCACUCAGAGUACAGAGAAAUAUCGAUACCAAGAUGAUGACCUCCCAUCUCAAGAUCCAAGCUCUCCACAUAUCUUGAGUGAAGGAAGAAGUCCAGAGUUGGUCCACAUCUCUGAAAAGAAUAUUUCCCAGAUUGAAAAUGUCCAUGGACUUGUUUCCCACUCCCACAUUUCUCCUUUAAAGUCCACAGAUGCUGGUGCUCCUUGCCCUCCCAUUGUCCCUGUGAUCCCUGUUAUACCAGUCCCUGCUGAGAACAAUGUCAUUCCAUCUUCCACUCCACAGGCAAACCCCCCACCUGUGAUUGUAAAUACAGAUAGCCUGGACACUCCACCUUAUGUGAAUGGAACUGAUACAGAUUAUGAAUAUGAAGAAAUUACACUUGAACGGGGCACCUCAGGGCUUGGUUUUAGUAUUGCUGGAGGUACUGAUAAUCCACACAUUGGAGAGGAUACAAGCAUUUUUAUUACAAAAAUUAUUUCUGGUGGUGCUGCUGCUCAAGAUGGAAGGUUACGAGUUAAUGACUGUAUAUUACGGGUGAACGAUGUAGAUGUACAAGAUGUGACACACAGUAAAGCUGUUGAGGCGUUAAAGGAGGCAGGAUCUAUUGUGCGCCUAUAUGUAAGAAGAAGAAAGCCAAUAACCGAGAAAAUAAUGGAGAUAAAGCUUGUUAAAGGCGCCAAAGGCCUUGGCUUUAGUAUAGCUGGUGGUGUGGGAAAUCAGCACAUCCCCGGUGACAACAGUAUCUAUGUCACAAAAAUCAUUGAGGGUGGUGCAGCACACAAAGAUGGCAAACUUCAAAUUGGCGACAAACUUCUUGCAGUCAAUACUGUGUGUUUAGAAGAAGUUUCUCAUGAGGAAGCUGUGACUGCUUUAAAAAAUACUUCAGAUUUUGUGUAUCUCAAAGUAGCAAAACCUACUACCAUGUUUAUGAACGACAGCUAUGCCCCUCCAGAUAUCACAAACUCAUAUUCUCAGCAAAAAGAUAAUCAUAUCAGUUCACCUGGAUUUCUUGGACAUCCGUCACCACCGUCACCUAGCCGAUAUUCCCCUCUCCCGAAAGGAAUGCUUGGAGAUGAUGAUUUAACGCGGGAACCACGGAAAAUUAUUUUAUUUCGAGGUUCUACAGGACUAGGCUUCAACAUUGUGGGUGGAGAAGAUGGUGAAGGAAUCUUCAUCUCAUUUAUCCUUGCAGGGGGUCCUGCCGAUUUAAGUGGAGAGCUUAGGAAAGGGGACCGGAUUGUAUCGGUAAAUGGUGUUGAUCUCAGAGCAGCGACCCACGAACAAGCAGCAACAGCUCUGAAAAACGCUGGCCAAACUGUAACCAUUAUUGCACAAUACCGUCCAGAAGAAUAUAGUCGUUUUGAAGCAAAAAUACAUGAUCUUAGGGAACAGAUGAUGAACAGUAGUGUCAGCUCAGGGUCCGGAUCUCUUCGAACAAGUCAAAAACGGUCACUAUAUGUCAGAGCACUUUUUGAUUAUGACAAGACUAAAGACAGUGGCCUCCCCAGCCAAGGCCUUAACUUUAAAUUUGGUGAUAUUCUGCAUGUUGUUAACGCCUCUGAUGAUGAAUGGUGGCAAGCACGGCAAGUUACUGCAGACGGGGAAAGUGAAGAGAUUGGCGUCAUUCCAAGCAAGCGCAGGGUUGAGAAAAAAGAGCGAGCGAGGUUAAAGACUGUGAAAUUUAAUUCAAAAGCCAGGGGAGACAAGGGGCAGUCAUUCAAUGACAAGCGUAAAAAGAACCUCUUUUCCCGAAAAUUCCCAUUCUACAAGAACAAGGACCAGAGUGAGAUGGAAACCAGUGAUGUUGACCAACAUGUAACCUCUAAUGCCAGCGAUAGUGAAAGUAGUUACCGUGGUCAAGAAGACUAUGUUUUAUCAUAUGAACCAGUCAAUCAGCAAGAAGUAAACUACUCCAGGCCAGUAAUUAUUUUAGGGCCAAUGAAGGAUCGGAUAAAUGACGACUUGAUAUCUGAAUUUCCUGAGAAGUUUGGGUCAUGUGUCCCACACACCACUCGUCCAAAAAGAGAUUAUGAAGUAGAUAGGAGGGAUUAUCACUUUGUCACUUCUCGGGAGCAAAUGGAAAAGGACAUUCAAGAUCACAAAUUUAUUGAAGCCGGACAAUACAAUAACCACCUCUAUGGCACAAGUGUUCAGUCUGUACGGGAGGUUGCAGAAAGGGGCAAACACUGCAUACUUGAUGUUUCCGGCAAUGCAAUUAAAAGAUUACAGAUAGCUCAGCUCUACCCAAUCUCCAUCUUCAUUAAACCUAAAUCUGUGGAAAAUAUUAUGGAAAUGAACAAACGUCUGUCAGAAGACCAAGCACGGAAGACAUUUGAGAGAGCAAUGAAAUUGGAGCAGGAAUUCACAGAACAUUUUACAGCAAUUGUUCAAGGAGAUACAUUAGAGGAAAUUUACAAUCAAGUGAAACAGAUAAUAGAAGAACAGUCCUGCACAUUUAUCUGGGUACCUGCAAAAGAGAAGUUAUGAGACGUGAAGCAAACUCCAUCAAAGUCCCCAUCACUGCCCGUACAUAUACCCAGUACCUUCUCCCAUAAAAACAGGCUCCGUUUCUGUUGGGAAUGUUAUCGCCACUUAUUUGCUGCCGUUCCUUCCACCUUUUACAUUUUUGUCAUAUUUUAACUCAUUUUAAUUAUGUCUGUUUGGUUUUUUUUUUGUUGUUUUUUUUUUUUUUUAUAAAAGGUGGAACGGCCGGACCAGUUAUUAAAGGUAUAAAAAAUAAAAUAAGUGGCAAAAUUCCUUAAUGUUUAAGGGAAAAUGACAAAUGCAUUUUAAGAAAAAAAAAAAAAGCUUUAUAGACAAUUUUCAGAUAAAAUAAAUGAAAUAAGUGGUCUUAACUAUAUUGUGAGCAUCUUUGCACAAUGUCGCUUUUAAUAGCAUGGUUUGGCCUAUGCAUUUUAUUCUCUGUAUACUGUUUUGACUUAUCUGAUUCUUUACAUAGGCAGAGGUUUUGAUUUUGAAAUCCAUUGCCGCAGCAUUACUACAUAGACCACCUUGCAGUGGAAAGGAUAACCUAAACCAUUCAUUGUAAUAAAAUUUAUUUUUUUAAUCUCUGCAAUCUUGCUAGGAAUUACACUUUAACUUGGUUAACCCUGUACAUGUAACACAAUUUGAUGGACUGAAAGUUGUUGCUUGUUUUUUUUCCCCCCCUAAGGAUGACCUUUUUGAAAUGAGUAAUACUUCAGGUGAUUAACAUAGCCUCUAGAUGGAAGGUCUGGCCAUGUAUAUAAACACUACACGAGAACACGUUAUCUCUUCAUCUCACUUGGAGUAUUGGAUUCAUAGACUUAAUGCUGUAUGUUUAUUAUUAGAAGACAGAUUUUAAUAUUUUACCCAUAAUAACUGCCUAUUUUGUUAUAAUAAAAUAUUAAACUUUCUUUAAAUUCUAA